UCUCGUGAAAACAGUGUGUUUAUAGGCUGCAGUGUAUUUAUUUGCAGUGUGUUUUUAUUUCAGAGCACAUCACAAGAACGACAAGACACGAAAGAUGCAGCUUGCCAAACGGAUGAUCCGUGUGUGGCAUCUCGUGGGACACAACUGUCUCAUAUGACAUUAAGAUCUCAUAUACGAAGCAAAGGCAUACAGGCAACAGUGAUGUGCCAAAGUGUGGCAGUAGGUGCCACUGCUCCUUCAGUCUAUGGGCCAUUAUCUUCAACUCCUUUGAAGGGUGUGAGGACAGCAAAGAGACCUCGCCUUGAAUUUGAGGAAGAGGAGGAGGAGGAGGUUCAUGAUGUUCCCUAUGCAGGCCUUGAUCCUCAAGAUUCCACAUUCAAUCCUGCACAGUCAGUAACAACGGAGACAGAAUCAUCUAAGCUUUUUACAUCACCGGUAUCAUCGUAUGGUGAUGCAAAAUACAUUGUUUUUGAGCAAUGCCUUCUCAGCCUGUUUGAGACCUGCCCUGUGUGCACAAGGGUCUGCAAUGUCCUGCCACGCAGAAGAGGGACCUUUGUAGCUAUUGACCAACUAUGCCCUCACUGCCAGUUCUUCAGACAGUGGAAGAGUCAGCCAGUUACUGGGAGCACCCCUAUGGGCAACCUUCAGCUGUCUGCUGCCAUUUAUUUUUGUGGUGCUUCAUUUUCAAAAAUGAAAAAGAUUUUUGAGGCAAUGCAGCUGAGAACACAUACUUAUGAUGCCUUCAGAAGACAUGCCAGGACAUACCUGGAACCAGCUAUAAUCCACAAAUGGACUGAAUGGCGAACACAAAAGCUUAAAAUGCUCAGUGAGGCAAAGAGUGUCAUCAUCGGGGGUGAUAUGCGAGCAGACUCACCAGGACAUUCUGCAAAGUAUGGGAGCUACACAAUGAUGGAUGUGCAGACCACUAAAAUCGCAGACAUACAGCUGGUGCAGAGUAACGAGGUUGGGGGAAGCUCAUACAUGGAGAAGGAGGGUCUUAUAAGAAGCUUGGACAUCCUACAUGGAAGUGGUGUAAAGUUGGACUGUAUCAUCACUGAUCGUCACCCUCAGAUCCAAAAGUUCCUGAGAGAACGUAAAAUCCCCCAAUACUAUGACGUAUGGCAUGUAGCAAAAGGGUUGUCAAAGAAGCUGGAACAACUUGGCAAAGACAAGGACUGUGCUUUGGUGAAAAAGUGGCAUAAAAGCAUAGUCAACCACCUGUACUGGUGUGCCGCAAGCUCCGUUUCCGGACCAGAGAAGGUAGCAAAAUGGAAGUCUUUGUUGAACCACAUUCAAAAUGUCCACAGUCAUUCUGACCCAGCCUUCCCCAAGUGUGUACAUCCACCAAAGGCCACAAAGGACCAUAGCAAGUGGUUUCAACCAGGCACGUCAGCUCUUAACAGACUUGAAAGGGUCCUAACAAACAAGAGAUACCUUACUGAUGUUGAAAAGCUUAGCCAUCAUUUCCAGACAUCAACUGUGGAGUCAUUCCACAGUGUCAUCCAGCGGUUUGCUCCCAAAAAUGUUGUUUUUCCCUUCAUUGGAAUGUUAUGCAGGUUGUAUCUUGCAGCCUUACACUUCAAUGAGAAUGCUGAUCGCCCACAACGGAAGACAGCCAAGGGGAAACUAAUGUACAGGCUUCUGUUCCCAAAGGCUAAAAGGGGAGGUUACACCGUCAAAGAAGUAAAGACGGAGCCAACAAUUUGCUAUGUCUUUGACCUGAUUCAACUGGUGUUCGAGGAGAUCAUCCAUGACCCUCUUCCUUAUCUGGAAGCAGUCCGGCAGAUUCCUGUGCCCCAGACCCUGUGUGCUCAGCUCGACAGGCCUUCCAUGGACGAUGCUGUUGCUGCCCAUGUGUCACGGUUCAGUCGAGGGGGGGUCUGAACCCGACAUACUGCCCUGAAGCAUCCAGAAACUCCCUCCGGAUACGCAGCACGACACAAGAGGGGAUCACA